AAUUGGCCUACUUCCACAGUGACACGAUGGAAUCCUUGCCGGCCCUUGGAGCGAAGCCAUGGUGCUGAAUACGGCAGCCCUGAAGCUUGCAGAGAGCUUCCUUGGGAUAAAGGACUUUUUGGGGCCUACGUCAGAGAUACCUGAAGAUACUCGGGAAACACCUGCGCCACCUGCUCCAGAGAUCCAUUUACCAUCUGAUGGACCCAUUGGGCAGAACUACGAGGUCAUUAUGGAUGUACCUCCACAGCGACUGGAUGCCUUCCAUGGCCCAGCCAUGCAGCCAUAUCAAGUGGGUAUGCUGUCCCACAUGCCCGUUCUGAGCUCGAUGCCCUCGAUACCCCUUUCGUUGGGGUGUUUGGUCUCCCGACGACUGCCGUUGAGACUGAAGACGACCGCCGUUGGACGAGACUGUGCACCGCCGAAGAGGCUGCACGCAGCCAAAGAUUUCCUCUGAGCUGAGGUUGCUGCAUUAAAUUGCAAAAAAGGGCAGGGUGUUUCGAAGAUCAUGGAAUACAUCGAUAUUGCCACAACUCGACAGAUGUUUGGAUGUUCAUUGGACUCAGAUGC